AUGGCAGAAUUGCAAGACGAUGAUGUGCAGCAGCUUUGGAAUUUAUCCUGCUUAUUAGCACAAAGAAAUUUGACAACGCAGACGGCGCAAUGCCUGGAGCCUCUGUGUUCCAUUGAUUGCAGCGUCCGCACUCCUAAAGUUCAAGCAAUUUUACUACAAGCGAAUAUACUGUUGGCUGAGAUAUGUAGUGUUGCUUGCAGCAACAGUAAAAAGGUUAAUAAUCGUGAUAUCUGGGCGCGCCGAGUGGCCAAAACAGAGAAAUGCAUUGAUUCUGCUGACUCUGCUAUAGCACGUGGAGUCCCUUGUACCGUUGGCAAUAAGCUGCGGCUUGUAAAGGUCAAAUUUUUGCUGCAGCAACAACUUAAGGCCGAAAGGUCGGAAAAGAAUCGGCGAAUACUGGAGAUUUUGUGCGAGGGUCUCAAGAGCUGUGCAGAAGGUGAAAGCGGAAAUUCCGAGCUUGCCGGCAAAUUUCACAGAUACUUUAGUGUUAAGUUGAAGGCUUGUUUGGUGAAAAUGCAUUUUGCCACUUUCUCAGCGAAGUAUUCUGGAGUCGGCGGUGUCAGCAGUGCUUUUGUGGAAAGCUUAAAAUAUCUGCGAAUGGCGCUACCAAACUAUGUCGACAAGAAUUUUUUGCUAUGGCUAGUGGAGGUGACUUGUCAUACAGCUAUCUCGUCAUUUCAGCCUGGAAGUACCGCCGAAAUGCACCAAUUAAUUGAUUUUGGCCAGGACUUUUUUGACAAAGUGGCGAUUGAGAUUUCGAUUUCACGAGACAUUCGCAUUCACCAUUCAAUAAUCACUGUCUUUUACUAUUUGCGAGUUGGGAAGGUUACAAAAAUUGCGCCAUUAUUGGAGCAAAUUCAAAUUUUGUCUCGAAACACAAGUGAACAGCCUACUAGCGCUAUCAAGAAUGCGUACUUUGACACUAUUUUGAAAUCGAUGCGAGCGUCUGCCUUAGCGUAUUCUGAUCCGAAGCUGGCGCUUGAUCUAGCGAUGAAUACUAUUCUCUCAGCCCAAACAAAUUUGAAAACAUACGACCAGCAUCCAGCAGUUCGAUUAAUGCUUAUUGCGACAUUGUUCGACAUGCUGCAUCUGUACUGCAAGCUGUUGGGCUUACAAUGUCGAUACGCAGAGAUGGGAGCAAGCAUUGUACAGAUGACAACAUUAUUUGCAACGUAUAAGGUUGACUUGGAACGCACCAUAUUCUAUCGCUACUUCCUCGCGCGCUGUCACUCCUUGAUCGCAAAGUAUGCUACAGCGAUCGGAAAAGUGAAAGAUGCAUGUGCACAUCUAAAUCACGUUGUAGAUAAGGUGCUGCCUACCCCUACGGACGGUGAAGAGUUGUAUCCUGAUUCUUAUCUAGCUGUGUGGGUCGACAUGCUUGAAGUGACAAUGUAUUGCUGCGGUCUAGCUACUGAUCCAACACUAGCAUGCAACGAUUCCUCGACGAUUGAACCAGCGAAACAAAUUUAUCCAUCCCGCAUCUUGUUAGAUUGGGCAGCUCGCAACAUAAACUUGGACACUUUGCAAAACCAGAUGAACAAGUGCUGCAGUGUCGAGUUGCAAGCAAAGUUCAAUCUUGCUCUCGUUAAAUGGAUGUGGGCUACAGAAGAAUUGUCUGGUGGUCACGGAGAAAAUUAUAUUGAGCACUUUAAACUUGAGGGACUUCGGCCAAAAGCUUUGACGCUUCUCCACGAGGCUCUCCAGCACCUGACCACGAAUGUAAUAUGCUGUGAAACCACAUCCGAGAUCAUGGCGCUGUUUGGACUGCGGCUAGUGGCCCUCGGAAAGCUGGAGCAAGACACGACUUUUAGCGGUGGUGUUUAA